AUGUCUUCGGAUUUCCCUUUAUUCCGACUCCCAUCGAUAGUACUAAAUCAUGGGCUUAAAUUGAUGGCUCCAUUCGAAAUAUUAUGUCUGUCACUAUGCAGUAAACGGUGUAAAACAGUCUGUCAGUCACUUCGAAACCAACUGAAAUGUAAGGAGAAAGCAGUGAAAUUUCAAUUGAAAUUUUCGAAAAAGAGAGAAAUAAGAUUGGAAUUCAAUUAUUAUCCCAGUACUCGAUGGAUUUUCGAAUUGGAUUAUUCUGUCUCUACAACUCCCACUAUUCAAAGAAAAAGUUCGGACAAACAUGAGUUCUUGGAAGCAAAAUUCGCCGUUCGUAUACCCAAUUGGAAUCCAACCGAAACUGAUCACAACACUGCGGAGGAAAAGCGUCUGAAAUUUUACGUACCAAUGGAAUAUGGAUGUUUCGGAUUCCGCACAUUCGUCAAUCAUCUAUCCUACAUUUUCAAUAUAACAUUGACAGAUCUGGAACUUCACUUCCAAGACUUUACACGAGAUGAAAACGCAAUAAUAAUUGAUUUAUAUUGUAGGAAUUGGAGAAACACUAAUUAUGUGAAAGCAUUGAUACUGGUUGGAGAUUCAGAGAACACUCCAGAUGAUGAUGAAGUAGUGUAUCACAUUGUGAAUCGACAAGAGGCUAAAAGCGAAUUGACACUCGACAUACAGGGUUUUACAUUCGAUAUCAGUAGAUGCCGAUACAGUCCAAACCAAUUAGUCAUUCGGAAUCCUAAUUGGGUCGGUUGUACGGACAUUGAAAAUUUCAAUUCAUUUUCUGUACUCAUUUUUUCUGCACACUCAAUAAUGUGGUUGCUUAAUAUGGCAUAUUUGAUUGAAAUGUGGUGUUUCGGAUGGACGCCGAAAUGGACAGUAAUGAUGAUUGAGUUUCUAUCCUUAGAUAUAGACGAUUGCAUAAACGGACUUAGAGAAAGAAUCUCGGCUGGAGUAGUCAAAAUCAGAUCUGAAGAAACAAUUGAGGGCCCAGAUGGUCUUUCACAUAGAAUAAAGUAUUCUUUUCGUCGUGGAGAUGGAACAAUUGGAGAGUUUCUAGUGGAAAACAAUAAAUAUCUAUAUAUCAAAGCCAGAGAGAAUACUGAUAUUUCACUCUCCACAUUCAUCUCGUUGACCAAAUCAAUGAUGUGA